AUGGUACCGUUGACUUAUAGGACUACUCGUCGGAAACGGUGUUCGUGCGGAUGCAGUGGAUGUGAUAUAUUCCCUGGUCGAGCUUGCUGUAGCAGUGAAUGCUGUAGCAGUGCACCACUACCGCUAGCUUGCUGCCCACCUCCACCUCCUCCGAAACCAUGCUGUCAACCAGCCUACGGUCCGUGUUGUCCAGCUACGCCUAACUGUUGUCCGAAUCCUUGCUGUAGGUGGGACGCACUUUCUUCUCAACCACCGUCCAAUUCAAAUAAACAACUCCAAAGCUACAAACUGUGUAGGAAGGAUUUGUCGCCUUACAAUUUCAAAUGUUCAGAUUGUGGAUGCGCCCGACCGUGUUGUUACUAUCAGAAUCCAAGCUGUUGUAAUCAAGGAAAACCAUGCUGUCCACCACCACUUCCGUGUUGUCCCGUCAUUCCUCUACCAACUUUGAAUUGUUUGGCUACCGUACCUCCUUGCCUACGCGCAUGCCCCAAGUGUCCUUGUCGUAAACGAAUAAUGUUGGGGAAACGUUCUAAACGUCAUGAUGCGUUGCACUGUCAACCAGGUAUUCAGCAGCCACCACGGGCCGGUCGGCUAUACGAACAGAAUCGUGCACGAAGAGUAAAACGUGGCGGAUGUGCCAUCUGUAUUGAUGGACGUCCAAUCAUCAAGCGAAGUAAACGAUCACUGGAUUGUGUUCGUUGCACUUACCUUCAACCAACAGUUAGCGCCAACAAUCCGUUUGCCGUUCAAUUGCCACCGAUGUCUCCAGUCGGCAUACUUCCGCCGCAUCUUAGACAGAAAAGAGCAGGAUGUCUUCCACAUCCUGAGUGUAUGCUGGCGCCUCGUCGUGUGAGAAGAAACAUCGAGUCUCAAUACUGUGAACCGUGUAGCGGAGGAUACUACGGAAGGAAGAAACGAGAAGUUGAACGAGAUAAAUGCCUUCGACGUGAUAAGCGCUCCACCAGUGCCGAAUGUGAAGUUGAUGAAUUUCUCGUUACUCGUAUGAAGCGACAAGCAUACAAUCCAAGUGGAAUAUUGGAUAUUGUGAAAGUUCUAAGCAAAACUAUGGCAUCAGAAGCCGGUCCCAGUGGUUGCGUGAAAUUUCCGGCAUGUAUCCUCGCUAAACGAAAGCGAAGAAAGCGACACGCGGAGAGAACGGAGCAUUACCAUAAGGCUAAGUCGUUAGUUCCACCCCUUUUACUUGCUUGUGUUCCGUGCCCAGCUUGGGUCACUCUGGCACUAGCCAGCCGAAAGAAGAGAUCCACCAAUUCUUCUAAUGAGCUCGAGGAUGACGAGGACGACGACGAAUCUCCUCGUCGUAAACAAGGCACAUGUGACCAGACCGAUGAUUGUCUAAAUGAAGUCGAAUAUGCCAUCUUCAAAAAAGUCUACCACAACACACGCGUUAAAAGAGAGAUAUUUCGUCGUAGAAAAUGCGAACGAUGCGGAAGUGGAUCAGGUGGAAAACGUGUGAAGAGGAAUUUCGGAGAACCAACAAUCAACGCAUCGGAGCAGAGUUGCAUUGCUUUUCCACAAUGUCGACAUCGAGUGAAAAGAAAUCUAUUGUUUCAAGAUUGCAACAUUUGUACCCCUAAUAUCAAUCGAAAGAGAAAGAAGCGAGAUCUUGGUUUACCUCAAUGCUAUCCUUGUCGUGGAACGAUGGCUUAG